CUCCACCCACCUGUCUGCCCAGGUGGGACUGGGUUCUCUGCCGGGUUAAAAUCAAGGCCCCGUGGGCCUCUCAGCUGCUGGUGGAUCCUUGUCCUGGCCACUUCUAUCAUGGCCACUUCAGAUGCUACGAUCAGAGCUGAGAAAGCUGAGGCUGGAGAGCGGAAGGAGGAGGCGGAGAAAGAAAAGCCGUCAGAAGCGGGUGUGGAGGUCCCCCCAGGAGAAGAAGUCAGUGACCCUCCUGGACCCCUUCAGACUCCGAGGAAGAAGGACCACAGAGAAUGCCCCCUCGAGGUCCCAAGAGAGCAACACCCCCUGCAGUACAGGUGGGUUCUGUGGUUCUUCAAGAAUGACCGAAGCCGGCCCUGGCAGGACAAUCUGCAGCUAGUCACCACGUUUAACACCGUGGAGGAAUUCUGGUCGACGUACAGCCAUAUCAAGCUGGCCAGUAAGCUCUCUUCCGGCUGUGACUAUGCUCUGUUUAAGGAAGGCAUCCGGCCCAUGUGGGAAGACAACAGGAACAAGCGGGGUGGCCGCUGGCUGCUCAGUCUUGCGAAACAGCAGCGCCACAUUGAACUGGACCGUCUGUGGCUGGAGACAUUGCUCUGCCUGCUUGGGGAGAGUUUCGAGAGAUACAGCAAGGAGGUCUGUGGAGCUGUUGUCAACAUCCGCACCAAGGGGGACAAGAUCGCUGUCUGGACAAGUGAAGCAGAGAACCAAGCGGGAGUGAUGCACAUUGGGCACGUGUACAAAGAGCGUCUGGGCCUCUCCUCGAAGACCAUCAUUGGGUACCAGGCCCAUGCGGACACUGCUGCCAAGAGCAACUCUUUAGCCAAGAACAAGUUUGUGGUGUGAGGCCGACUUCAGCCCCCCCUCGCCCGACACCCUCUUACUGCCAUUUGGUGAAUGGGAAGACUGUACUGGGGAUCCUGGGCAGACAGCUUGAUUCUCCACGCGCCUUAGAGUACAGAUGAGCACCCCACCCCUUAGAUAAGGUCUCACUAUGUUGCCCAGGUUAGCCUCACAUUUACGGGCUUGAGAUGUCCUCCUGCUCCAGGCUAAAUGACUGGGGUAACAGGGGCUCACAUUGUGUCUGGAUUCAUACUGGUUUUCUUCAUCAUGUGUCCGGCCUAGGCCUUGUGGCAUCUGGCCAAUACUUACAAGCCACACUUGAUCUCUAACUCUGUGUGUGGCCAUUUGGCAAAGGCAGGGUGAAGGAAAGUUCUGGCUCAACCCGCCACACGAGGGAGGACAGGAGAAUCCCGUGGCCAACGCGUCUCUGUGCUUUUUUUUUUUUGUAUUUGUUCUAAAUAAAUACUUUGGACUAAA